GAGUUUCAUUAAUGACGUGUUGUUCCGAUGGCAGACAAGGGAAAGAAGGAUACCACACCACCCCCUCUUCUGCUAAUGCCGGCAGGAGGAGGGCUUACCCUAAAUCCACCCGAUCAACCAAAUGUUUUAAUGCCAGUGAUCCAAUCAGAACCAUCAUUACUAGGAUCAGAUGAGGAAGGUGAAGCUGAUAGUUUUGUGGGACAAACUCCACCACACGGUGGGCAGGGUGUUACCCACAGCGCGCCGUUCAGUCAAUUCCAGCACACUCCCUCAGGAUCCGAUCCUUUUGCUCAUGUUGGCCACAAUCCACUGCCUCCUCAAUCUACACCAAAGAUGCAGUACAAUGUGGCGCCACCUAUUCCUCCGCCAUCAUUCGCUUCACCAUUCGCUUCACCAUUACCUGCUGGUGGCCCUACAGGCACAUUACAACAAGGCAUCAACACAGGUCCCAUGAGUGCAAAUGCAUUCAGGAAGACAGAGAGUUUGAGAAAAGUACAGUAUGCACAGAUGCCACAAGGAACCUAUGCCUCGACUGGUGGUGGUGGUGGUCCAACCCAAUUUCCUGGUCCACCCCCAACAGCACCAUCAUCUGGACCAACAAUGUUCAACCCUCCUCCAGUGGCUCAGGUGCCUCCAUCAAUAAAUCAGACUUAUCAGCCCCCAUCUUCACAGUCCCCCAUGCCUCCUAAGCCCAAUUUUGCUGCAGUCCCUCCCCAAGGGACUGGCCCUCCAACAGAAGGUGGUGGUAUCUACAUUCCUGUCCAGCCCCACUGGUGUUUCUGUAAGAAAGUAGAGAAUCGAGAAAUCUGGUAUCCCUUUUCUCUGAUGGACAGCAUGAGGCUGGAAGAAGUAUACAGAUCUGGUAAGACUUCUGAACCAGUACCGACAGAUGGAGGACGAUAUGACGUCAUUUUGUCAGACAGAAAGCGAGAGUCCAUAUUCUGGGAGGAAGAACCAAACCCCAUACGUCGAUGUACGUGGUUCUACAAGAGAGAGGGAGAUAACAGAUAUGUGCCGUAUGAGGAGAAUUUUGCACAGAAGUUGGAGGAGGAAUACAGAAAUGCUUUACAAUACAAUGUAUGGCAUAAGCGAUUAGAGUUUCCAGGAGGGGAGGCGAUUGUCAUGCAUAAUGCUAACGUCAUCGUUCAUUUCACAGCCUCAUCACAGCCAGAUGAAUGGGUGUCUACCCAGGGUACUUCUACAUCUGUGGGGGAAGGCAUGCGUCCCAGAGUUGUGAAAAGAGGAGUUGAGGACUUUCAAACAGUUAGUGAUGGUGAACCCCUACAGAUAGAUCACCUGGUGUUUGUGGUGCAUGGCAUUGGAGAUUUCUGUGAUGUUAAAUUCAGGAACAUUAUUGAAUGUGUGGAUGACUUCAGAUCCAUUUCUCUCAAUCUGCUAAAGUCCCACUUCCGGACGUAUGUUGACCAGAAGCGAAUUGGUCGAGUUGAAUUUAUCCCUGUACAGUGGCACUCAGCAUUACACGGAGACAGCACAGGACUAGAUAAGAGAUUAAAAGUCAUCACCUUGCCCAGCACCCCAAAGUUACGUAACUUUAUCAAUGACACGCUGUUGGAUGUACUGUUCUAUACAAGUCCUACGUAUUGUCAGACAAUAUCUGAUCAAGUUGGAAAUGAAAUGAAUAGACUGUACCAGCUGUUUUUAGAGAGGAACCCUCAGUUUCAGGGGUCGGUGUCAGUGGCUGGACACAGUCUAGGUUCUUGUGUGUUAUUUGAUUUACUGAUGCACCAAAAUGACAGAGACGAGUCGGGUGCAGAUACAUUAGUGACAAAUGAACCGGUGCCACAAAGCAAUGAAGUAGCCACAAGUCUAUCGAAUACCUUACCUGUGACGGAGGGGGACGAGGAAGAAGAGGAGACAACUCUAGAGACACUCCUUAGUCGUGUGGGACUACAGGACAAGGUGUCCAUGUUUGAAGAAGAACAGGUUGAUCUGGAUGCACUGACAAUGUGUACGGAAAGUGAUCUAAAAGAUUUAGGGCUUCCUAUGGGACCAAGGAAAAAAUUAUUAGGAAUUCUGAAGGAGGAGCAAGCUAAAAAGGAAAAAAGAAAACAUGACAAAGACAGACGAUCUAAAGAGACAGAGGAGAGGCGAAUCAGGGAGCAGGUAGAGGCAGAACUGAGGGAGACUAAAGCUGUCCAGGACAAGUCGCUUGUCCAGUCCAAUUCCAGUGUGUCGGUGGAGUUUCUGUUAGGUCCAGCAGGGACAGGACAGCCCUCGGUGAGGUAUCCGAAGCUGGAUUUUAAACCCAAUACCCUGUAUGCUUUAGGUUCUCCCAUUGGGAUUUUUUUGUCUGCACGAGGUGUGGAUAAUAUUGGGGAAGAAUUCUCUCUUCCCACAUGUCCCAGGGUAUUCAACAUCUUUCAUCCAUUUGAUCCUGUGGCUUACAGAUUGGAGCCUCUAGUCAACCCUUCAGCCUCUCAUAUAAAACCAGUGUUAAUGCCCCACCACAAAGGCAGAAAAAGGCUUCAUCUAGAGUUAAAAGAAAGUUUGACGAGGGUUGGAGCUGAUAUUAAGCAGAAAAUUAUGGAGUCUCUGAAGAGCACAUGGAACUCCAUCAAUGAGUUUGCCAAAGCUCAUCGGAACCAGACCGAGUCCCUAGAAGAACAUGUAGACAGUCAGAUGUCAUCGGUCAUGCAGGACUUGGAUGAUGACCAGUCCUCGAUAGCCUCCAGCCUGCAGGAGGAUAUUUACAUGGGACAGUUAAAUGAAGGCCAGAGGAUCGAUUAUGUACUUCAGGAGAGACCCAUUGAGAGCUUUAACGAUUACUUAUUCGCUCUGUCUAGUCAUGGAUGUUAUUGGGAAUCAGAAGACACAGUAUUAUUGGUUUUGAAGGAGCUUUACUCCCCUCAAGGAAUAACCCCUCAGAUGCCAGGUCCUGAUGGAACGGUCAAACUGUACAACGCGGCAGCUUCUCCACCCCGGGGACCAGCACCACCCCCAAUGGCACAGUACUCCCCUCCAUCAAAUCAGCCAAUGGGAGUCCCCCUGAUGACACCCCCUUCAAAUGGACCCCCUCCAAUGAGGACGCCAAACAUGAUGCCCCCUAUGGGCCACAUGCCAUCUCCCCACAUGACCCAAGGUAUGACCUCAGGUCCUCCUCCCCCAUCAUCUAACGUUGGUCCCCCUCCUCUCGCCGGCUUUGUUAAGCCCCUCCAAAAGUAGAACAAAGGAUUGAACACAAAACAUCAUCUGACUCAUUGAUUUAAUUUUAAACUGUUACAAAUAACAAACUAUGUUCAGAAGCUGCAAUAUGUGGAGGAUGUUUCUGAUUUAUCUUAUUUUCAUGUUUUGAUGUUAUACAAAGUAUGCAGGGUUUUCCCCCCAAUACCAUAAUGUGUGUAAGUAAUUCAAGUCUUAUUUAUUUCCAAAUUUCAGCUUGACAUGUUAACAUGCAUUUAAAAUGUCUGUAUUAGAAAUUUGACAACUUUAGAUCUGCAUCUUUGUGAAAAGAGAUUCAUUAUAAAAACAAUGUUGUUUAUUUUGAAAAAAAAGUUCAAAAUAGUUGUACAUGUUUUAAAUUUGUAAAUAUAUAGUUACAUCUUUUUAAAUUAUAAGAAAUACAAGAUGUAAAUAUGAAAAUUGAAUGUGGAAUUUAUUUUAUUGUUUUUAUGUAAAUACUGUAAAAAAAGAAAAGAUAGAUAAAUAAAUGGUGCUGAAAGUA